AUGUACUUCAAGGGCGACCACGAACUCAAGGCGAACACUAAGAUCCUGCUGCAUGAUUUGCUGGAGAGAACAACCGCUUCGAAGGACUCCGACAUCGAGACAAAACUCCAAUACCCGGCCGACAAACCUCACGUUUACGGUGCCGCUUUCUGUCAGAAGUCUGAACCGGCGGCCUGUGUGGCGUGUCUCAAGGCCGCUAAAAGGCAGCUUCUUCGUGGGUGUUACCACAGCGCCGGUGCGGAGUUCUACUCCGAGCUUUGUUACCUGAGAUAUGAGAUUUAUAACUUCAUGUCUUGA